GAUCCCGAUUUCGACGCCAAACCGAUGAUCCUUCUGGUCGGGCAGUACUCAACUGGUAAAACAACGUUCAUCAGAUAUCUGCUUGAACAAGUCCUAGACUCGGUCAGUGAGGGACUUCGGAAAAUUUACAAACAGAAGCUGUAUCCACUCGAGGAAUAUUAUAAAUUCCAUGAAUUCCACUCACCAGCGCUAGUCUCUCGCAUCUCUGAAAAUGUAUUUUUCAAGGAUUUCCCUGGAAUUCGUAUCGGUCCCGAACCUACGACCGAUCGAUUCAUUGCGGUUAUGCAUGGAGAAGAAGAAGGCGUCGUACCGGGAAACGCGCUCGUUGUCGAUGCAAAGAAGCAGUUCAGAGCACUAAGCGGGUAUGUCCAUUUUUUCCUUUGCCCUUUUGGGAAUCUAGUCAAGUGUGAAUCAUCACGAAGGGCGGAAUGUUAA